AUCGAUGACCAUGCUGCUUCGUAAAUAAAACCACGAGUUCGAGAACCACAAACAUAAAUAAUGGCUCGAGCACGGAAAAUACCAGUGCGCAAGCAUCACGGCAUCCGUGAUCCUCUCAAGCAGCAGGAACAGAGGGAAAAGAAGUUGUCCAAAGUGACCAACAAUCCGCCAACGAAGAGCGAUGAGCAGCAUGUCUCCUUCAAAUUCAAGCAGUUCCAACAGUUGGCAGACGGGGCCAAGGCCGGCAAGAAACUUAGACUAGGCGAAAUCGGUAAGGAGGACAAGCCCAAGGCCUCCACGAAAUCGUCGGAUAAACAGAGCGCCUCGAAGAACACGCGCAACAUUAAGCAAAUAGCCAAUGAGUCGGACACGGACUACCUGCGGCGCGUGAACCGCAUUACCAGCGCCUCGGUGCGUGAGGCCCAAUACGAGGCUAAGUACGGAGUUAGUGUGAUACGCAACGCCAAGACGGGUGAAAUAACAGUCCAGAAACGUCCCAAGAACGAGAUCGACGAGCUGCUUAAGCAGAAGCAGAAGGAGCAGCGCAACGCAGGGAAAAAGGGGCGCAAGAAGGCGAACCAAAAGCCAACAAUGGAUGCAAAGACCAGCAAGGAGCUGAUCAAACGCGCCUUCAAGGAGGCCAAAGAGGAGAAGUCGUCGGACGAUGAAAAUUCACCGAUUGUCGAGUACAAACGUGAUACGUUCGCCUUCGGUGAUAUUGUGCACGCACCGCCAGCGUUAAAGACACGUCCACGCAAGGCGACAAAGGACGAUACCACUGCCCGACCCGGACGCAAGUCGAAUCUGCUGCUCAAAUCCUUGCUGGACUCUGGACAGCAGCCAUCCGCCACUCCUGAUGCUGACAGCCCAAUAGCAGCGAAGCCCAUCGCCACUCCUACGCCCAAAAAGUCUCCCAAGGUAUCCCUUAAGAUGCAAAUGAAGGGCAAGCGCAAGGAUCUGCCCAUCGGCAUGCGGUCCAUGCUGGAGACCGAGCGCGAAAAGAUGGUCCUGCUCUAUCGCAAGCUGAAAGAGCAAAAGGCUGAGAAAAAUACAUAAUAUUAAUUCUUAGUUAAACUUUUUCAGACUCUUUAGAUUUAAACAAAUAAAAAUGUUAUAUAUAUAUAUAUUUUUGAAAAUACCAGA